UUUUAUAUCGCAUUAGUACAAAUCAAAUAAAAUGUUUCCGAACAUAAAAAAUAUGAAAAUAAAAUCAAUUGUACCUAUUUUACGUACGUCAAAAUUUUCCAGGUCAAGUUCGAGGUCAAGCUGGUACAUUUCAAAUAAUUUCAAAUUGGUUAAACAAGAGCGCUUUAUUGAGGUUGCAUGUGCAAUCUUUUGUGUAGUAAAGGUUCCUAAUCGUCAAGUCCUUAUAUAAAAUGUUACUAUUAGAAUUAGACUACACGACAUUUAAUCCACUACGUUAUCGAUUUCUACGUAACAGUAGGUAGUAGAAAAUGUCGAUGAAAAAUGAAAAAUAUGCUGCUAAUAUUUGUAAAUUAAAAACGCUGGAUGCAAACAUACAGAAUCUAAUCAACAUGGCAGUGGAAACGAGACUUAACUCCUACUCUCCAUACAGUAACUUCAAAGUAGGUGCCAGCGUUCUCUGCGACGAUGGGAAAAUCUUCUCCGGUUGCAACGUUGAAAACAACGCUUUCACUGUAGGGCUUUGUGCAGAGAGGUGCGCCUAUGGUAAAGCCAUAAGCGAAGGAAACAUGAAAUUUAAAGCAGUUGCAGUAGUAGCACAACAAGAAAAUUCUUUCACAACUCCUUGCGGCGCCUGUCGUCAGUUCAUGAACGAAUUUGGAAAUGUAGAUGUUUACAUAACGAAACCUAAUUGUAAUGAUGUUUUGGUUUUAAAUAUGGAUCAGCUGCUACCUUUUAAAUUUGAGACUGUAGGUAACACUUUUAUAUAAAUUGUUGUAUUACAGGAAAAUUAAAAAAUUAUGUGAUAAAUAAAACAGAAUUAUUAAAA